AUGUCUUCCUUCUAUUUAGGUUUUAAACUUGAUGCAAAUGCUAAAUCUAUUCUCGAUAAAAUACUUGAAGAACAGUUAAAGCAAAGUAUAAUGAUUGAUACUUUGCAAGAUGAAAUUUCUAAAAAUCACAAGCUUUUAGAAAAUAUCAAAAAUGUUUUCACAACAUUUGCAUCAGGAUCAUUGACUAUGAUGAACGAAAAACAGCCAAAACAACGAUUAAAGAGAAAAGAUACAAAACAUAUAUGGUGGGAUGCACCUAUGACAAAAGCAUGUUACCAAUUGUUUCAAGAAAACAAAAACCCAUCAGAUAUGGAUAUUAAGCAAGCUUUUAAACAGCAAGCGUUAGAAUAUUUUCAAAAUCUCAGAAGUUCAUGUGUUUGCAAACUAAAAGAUACUACUUGUAUCUUUUUAAAUUUAUUUUCUGAUAAACUUAGUCAAUUUGCUAGUUCCGAAGAAGUUAGAUCCUGGAAAGAAUCUGAAAAAGUCAAACAAGCAAGAAAUAAUCUCAGAAAUAAAGUUGAUAACAAUGAUCCAAAUUCUCCUUAUAUAAUCAAAGCCAUCUUGCAAAAAACAUUCACCAAAGAAGAAUUACAAUAUAAGGAUAACAUUAUAUUUGGUGUAACUGUAAUUUUAAUGUUCUUAGAUCCAUCGUAUAAUCAAGCUGAAAUUUCGGCAUCAAAGGUACAAAAGCGUAUAAAACAAUGGAAUUCAGAUUCAUUUAUACGAAGCUUGUUUGAAUGUAACGAUAAAAAACAAUCGGAAGAUUUAUCUAAUCAAGAGAGUAAUAAUUCAAAUGAAUAUUAUGAAGAUAUAGAUAGCAAUAAUAAUAAUGAUGAAAGUGAUAAUUUUAGCGACAAUAAUGAAGAUAAUUGA